ACAAAUGAAAAUGCAUGGACAUCAUCAUCAGCAGCAGCAGCAGCAGCCACAGAGCCACAAUAUGAAGCCUGCAGCUAUCAAUUUACAACAUCCUCAACAGCAGCAGCAACAGCAGCCACAUCAGAAUCCAAAUCCUCAACAGCCAGCGCAUCCACAUCCAGCCACACAUCCACCUCCUUCUCCAAACUCUCAGCAUCAUCAUCCUCAUCAUCUUCCUCAUCCGCAUCAUCAUCAGCAACAGCAGCAGCAACAACAACAGCAGCAGCAACAGCAGCAGCAGCAUCAUCACCAUCAUCAUCAUCAUCAUAAAUUGUCACGACGUGGACGCAGUCGCAGUCGUAGCCCAACACCAGAUGGCACACAGGAUUAUGAUGUUACGCGCAUGCGUGAGGAGGAUUUCGAAAGAUUGGCUGUCUAUCUGGUACCCGAUGUUCAGGCUGAACGUGGUCUGCCAAAUCGGGCAGAUAAAACUCUGCCCCGCAGUUUAACACUUAAAUCAUCAAUGGUCUACUCAACGCCAAAUGAUAAGACUGAAGGAGUUUGGAGCGGCGGCGUUAUACCCCGCGGCACACGCUUUGGCCCAUUCGAAGGCAUUCCAACCUCAAAUUAUCCAAAUGAUAAGAAUAAGGCGCGCUAUUUUUGGCGGGUGCAGGGAACACGCCACAUAACCUACGGGAAUAUUAAGAUCUUCAAGGACGAUGACUAUUAUUAUUUAGAUGGUUCGGAUCGUUCACAAUCAAAUUGGAUGCGUUAUGUGGCAUCUGCUUAUAGUUUAUCGGUAAUGAAUCUGGUUGCCUGUCAGCAUAUGGAGAAUAUCUAUUUCUAUACCACACGCGAUAUAAUGCCCAAUGAGGAGCUAAUGGUUUGGUAUUGCAAGGACUUCGCCUCUCGUCUUGGCUACGACGUUGAUCCCGAGCGAACCAUCUUUGGUGCCUGCAAACAGGUUGAAAGCGAUGAAGUUGAUAGAGAAGAGGAUGAAGAGUGCAUGGAUAUGGUCGAUGAGGACGAUGAAGCUGCCGGCAAGAAGGCACACUACACAAUGGCAGCUCCAGCAGAGAUACCCGCCGAAGUGGCUGUGAGUCAUAUAACCUAUGUGAUGGGUCUCCAUUUGCCAGCUAGUGCAACAGUGGCGGCCGCAGCAGCCUCAUCAUCAUCGUCAGGAACAGCCACCCCAGCACCUUCGGCACCAGCAUCAGCUGGAAGCCAAUCCCAAGUAGCGGCAACAGCUGCCUCCGGUUGUUGCACUCAUGUCAGCACGACCACAUCAACGACAAAUCUUCACCCUCACAUUCAUCGUCAUGCUUCCGUCAUUAUGGGUGGCCAGGAUCGUUCGCCUUUGAAUACAAGUGACAAAGAAGAGGCUGCCCGUUCGCCGCUCUCCGCCAUGAUGGCCCAAGAUGGCAGCGUGCGUUCAGUGCGCUCCGAUGAGGGCUAUCACAGCAAUGAGUGUCACGAGGAUGGCCUUACCCCACCAGAGGACUCUAGCGAUAGUGAGAGUGAACACAAUUAUGUGCUAGACUGCUCCAAGAAGGCCAUUGCCCCCAAGGAGACGGUGAUUGCUCAGGCACAGAAAUCCGUGAAUGGCAAUAAAUCACCGCAAACCGUGGUCAAGAGUCCCAGUCCGCCAUUGGCAUUGGCGCCAGUGCAGAAACAUCAAACGGAUGCCAAUGACAAGAACGAGUAUCGUAAAUUCAAAGUGAAAAUGCCUCUGAAAUAUGAAAUCAAAAACAAAACCCUAAACUGUGUGAAACAAGAGCCCAUCAAGGAGGUGGAUGAGCUGCCACCGCAUAUGGUUAACGACGAUGAGGACGAGGAGCGAAUGCAUGCCACCUCGACAUUGGGAGAGGAGCGUGAAUUGACCCAACAGCAGCCGGCAUCAUCGACGGUCAUUGUGUUGGAACAAUCGAGAACCAUAGUGCCGCUAACGAAACCAUAUUAUGAAAGUGAUACGCCUGCCCUGCGAUUCAGUCAGCCAUCGUCGAGCAUAUUGGAGACAAUACUGACGAGUCAACAUCGUUUGGAGGCCGCUGCCCGUCAAGCGAAUGCCGCCACACCGCCGCCCACAUCACCGACCGAGAUGGCCUAUAGCUAUAAGAAAUCUCAGCGUUAUGGCAAUGCUGUUAGUCCCGACUCAUCAUCGAAUUUGGGACAAAAUCCUGAAUGCUUGACCAACGACCAGGAGACAUUAACCCGUUCGACUCUAAUCAAGGGAGAGUGCUCACCGCCGCCAGCUCAGCAUCAUCUGCAGCAUCAUCAUCAUCACCAUCAUCACAAUGUGAUCUACUCGCCCCGACAUGCCGCCUAUCUGAAUGAGGCCGGUCGCGGCGUUGUCGAUGAGAGUCAUCUGCAUAGUGCCGGCUCACCAGGCAGCUAUCCACCCUAUCCGCACUAUGGCUCUGGAUCGGCGGCCACUUCAACUUUCCAUUCACCUCCGCAUAGUUCGCAUUCGCCAUUUGAUCGGCAAUCGAAUGCAUCGAGUGGUGCCGGCUCAGCAUCAAAUCUUCAUCUGUUGCAGAGUAGCUCACAAAUGCUUAACCAUCCACUGAUGCAGCCAUUGACACCAUUGCAGAGAUUAUCCCCAUUGAGAAUAUCACCGCCCAGCAGUCUUAGUCCCGAUGGCAAUUCAUGUCCACGCAGUGGCAGUCCCCUCAGUCCCAAUUCAUUGGCCUCCCGGGGCUAUCGCUCCCUGCCGUAUCCCCUGAAGAAAAAGGAUGGCAAAAUGCACUACGAAUGCAAUGUCUGCUGCAAAACCUUUGGCCAACUGAGCAAUCUGAAGGUCCAUUUACGCACCCAUUCCGGUGAACGACCAUUCAAGUGCAAUGUCUGCACAAAGAGUUUCACCCAAUUGGCCCAUCUGCAGAAACAUCAUUUGGUACACACGGGCGAGAAGCCGCAUCAGUGUGAUAUAUGCAAGAAACGUUUCUCCAGCACUUCGAAUCUGAAAACCCAUCUGAGAUUGCAUAGUGGCCAGAAGCCAUAUGCCUGCGAUCUAUGUCCGCAGAAAUUUACGCAAUUUGUCCAUUUGAAAUUGCACAAGAGAUUGCAUACGAAUGAUCGGCCAUAUGUGUGCCAGGGAUGCGAUAAGAAAUACAUAAGCGCAUCGGGAUUGAGAACACAUUGGAAGACCACCAGCUGUAAGCCAAAUAAUUUGGAAGAAGAAUUGGCCAUGGCAGCGGCAGCCACAUCAGAGUGUUUAGAUAAAGAUCUCCCCGAGCCCGAGACGUAUGAGCAAUUGCAGCAGCAUAUGCAACAACCGGGACAUCAUACCCAUCCAAGUCUAAGGCAUUCCCCGCCCCGACUUAUACCUUUGGGCGCACACCAUCAACAGCAGCAGCAACAGCAUCAUCAACAGCAGCUUCCACCACCAUCGCCGCAGCAUCUUAUGAUGCCACAGCAUGCGGCACCCAUGCUGUUGACCACAGCUCUUCCUCCAUUAUCGCCGCAUCCGCAUUCGCAUCAUCCAGCACAUCAGCAGCAGCAACAGCAGCAGCAGCAACAUCAUCACCAGCAGCAGCAGCAGCAACAGGCACAGACAACGUCAUCUGCAUCGCAGCAGCAGCAGCAACAUUUGCCGCUGAAAACGUCACUGAAAUCGCUGCAGGAAUCAGCAUCUUCAUACAGUCUGCACAAUCAGCCGCCGCCGCAUCUUCAGGCCCAGGAGAGUCGGCCGUCGGUCAUCGAGUCCUCCAAUCAGCCCAUGAUCAUUGAAUGCACGUAGAGAUUGUGUCGUUUUUAUUUUUUUUUUAUUUAGGCCGAAGGAGAGAGAAUAUCGGAGAAAUGGAAUAUGAUAAACCAAGUGCAAUAAGAAAACAAACAAAACAAAACAAAAACAAGAAAAACAAACAACAAAU